AACACUCCACAAACAAAUAAUGAUAUUGUUUGAACAUUUUUCAUUCAGUGUAGCAAAGUAAAAUGCAAGUGGAACUCUUUUCUCAGCCAUGAUUCCGUUUCUUUUAAUCUUGCUGUUUGGAAAAAGUUUUUCUAUGCAAGAACUGUUUCCUUAUGGGUAUCAUGAAGGAGAUGCUCGACUUUGCAAGAAUAUGGAAAGACUGGAUUUAAAAUUUUCAAUGAAGUUAUUUUAUCACGAACAUGAGAAGAUUUACAUACAUCAAGAUGGCAUUAUCUCUAUCAAUAAACCGUUGUCUGAUGGUAUAGGUUUGUUAUCAGAUAAGACUGUGUUAGCGAUUUACUACAAACCAGUAAACAGAUGUCUUGGUGGAGAUAUUUAUUAUCGUGAGGAACAUAAGCCCACUUUGCUCAGACGAGCUGGAAUAACAAUCGCAAGAAAUUAUCCUGAGCGGAAAGAUAUUAUUAAUGCGGUUAUAAUAACCUACAUUGACAUGCCUUCGGCAGAAUAUCCCGAGAAAAUUAAUACAUUUCAAGUUACUCUUGCAUCGGAUCGCUAUAGUACUUACGCCAUUAUGAACUAUCCUCGUUUGAACUCAAACAACGCUACUGUUGGUGUUUCUGAUCCAUUUUGCAGAUGGGAGGAAUUUGUCAAUCCAAAGAACAGCAAUCAAUUAUCAUUGACAUCGAACAUCAAUCAAACCGGUGUUUAUGUUUACAAGCUGACUCAGAGAUGCAUCCAAACAUAUGGCUAUUCAUUUGUUAAUAACAGAGACUAUGGACAAUUACGAAAUUCUAAAAUCACAUUCCAUGAUGUUGUAGACGGUGUCUUAAAGGUCGACUUGUACCUCUACAAACUUUCCAACAAGUAUCUACAAGAUGUUCACUUUAAUUUAUCAAUCUAUGUUGGAAAAAAUGCAGAUAUGCAUAAUCGCUACAGAGAGGCAAAUGAACCUGCACUACUGAAGAGAGCAACGAAAGAUGUCCGUGACUACAAUAAUAACUCUUUUGUAGCCAGUCAAGGCUAUUUAAUGGCAUUUAGGGACAAACGUUACACACUUGAAAAUGUCUGGACCUUUCAAAUUUACAUAGUACGUGGUAUUGAUGACUCAUUUUACUGUCUUUUCAUCUUUACUACUGGCAGACAAAUCAGCAUCACUUCAAAUUUUAAAGAGUCUAAAUCGAUUCAUGCGAGUUUGCCAAACGAUUGGAUGAAGAACUGGUACUUUGUUAACAAGGACUUGCAACUGGGCAGUGCCUAUGCAUUCAAGAAGAAUUUCAAUGAUCUGACAAAGAAACUUGAAUUCUACAAGCAAAAUGGCAAUGAAGAUGUUUCAGAUAAACAAAUUUACUAUUUUAAUUCAUCCACUUUGGAUAUGAGAAAGACCUAUAACUAUUUCGCAUAUGAGAACGAGGAAGUUUUCAACAGAAUGAUGGGGAAAAUCUAUUUCAAAGUUACAGAUAAUUUUUAUAUUGCUUUCUACUUUUACAUUGAUUACGACAUGGGUGAUUUUGACCGAUAUCCUUUAGACGUUAGCGCUAUGCAUCGUAGAAACGCAUUAGAUAAAAACACAAGAGAAAAAGUCCGUGAAGAUAUUCAAAAAGUAUCGAAUAUAACCUUCUAUCCAGAGGAAGUUUUGGUGUUGACAUUUUUUCUGACUGGAGAAGGAGGGUUUAAUUCAAAAUUUCAACUCGCAAUCGCUAGAAAUGGAGAAACUAUAUAUGUUAUUGUUCAAAGUGACUCGUACAAACACUUUGUCCACUAUGCAAUGAUAUAUAAGUACUGUAAACACAUAGGAAGUAUUUCAGCUAUCUCCAGAAACAAUGUGUUUUUACUAACAAACACCACUUGCCAUCCACCAGUUAUCUAUCCUUAUCACUUUUCUGGAUCAACUUCUGUUCAUCCGUACUCGAGAGGCAUGUCAGGCGGUGUUGACAGGAUUAAAUUCUCCCCUGCCAUCCCCUUUUUCUCAUCAAAGACAAGUACAGUUUGGUAUACCCAGUACGGCACCCUUUUCGAUGAUAAAUCUUCAAACGUGCCGACAAAAAACCAUCAAACAGAUUUUGAAAAAUUCCCUUUUCAAGGCAUUGUAUUAGCUGUGUUUAAAGGAGUUCGGUGGCAUAGUUUCGAUUAUGGUACAACAGAGGAGCUACCUUUACGAGCUCAAGCAGAUGAAGAUAUAAAAAAGUUCACAAAUGAAAGUUUUAAAUCAACUCAACUCUCCUUCUUUACAUUUGGAUAUGGAAACAACGAAUACUCGCAGGUUGUACUAGCGACAGAUAAGAAACAGUUAUAUGGAAUUUUUAAUUUCGCCAGAAGUAGUUAUAAGGAAGGAUUGGUUGGUUUUGGGGAAGACUUCUGCGGCUGGAAAAAUUAUGCUUCAGGAUGGGAAAGCAGUCAGUUGGGAAGAACAUCAAACAUUGGUGUGCCAGGAAGACAUGUCAUGCGAUUAAGUUCUGAUAACUGUAACAAAACAGUUCUGUUUCCAUAUGGACCAAAUGUUGGAGAUGUAGAAAUGCAGCGAGGUGAUAAUUAUGUGGAAGUGAUGAAGCUAAAUACAUCAUUCCCGGGUUUUGAGAAGUCACUUUAUAUUAGUACAAAUGGUGUUGUGUCACCAAUGCUUAAUACGUCAGUUGAAAUUGAUUAUCAUAGAGAAAUGAUGGAUUAUCCUUAUGUUGCCAUCGCACCAUUUCAUGGAGAUUUUGAUACAUCUCAUAGUGGACACAUUUAUUACAGAGAAUCAAGAGAUCCUGAGUUAUUAAGACAAAUAAACGAAUCUAUUACAAAAUCACAAAUGGUUUAUUCUCCAGUGACGCAUGCGUUAGUCAUAUCUUUUGUUGAUAUACCCAAUCAUGAUUCACCCCAAGAACGAAAUACAUUCCAAAUAGUAAUAGCCCACAAUGCAUCGCAAGAUGUUUAUAUGGUUUUUAAGUACACACAUUUAGAUAGCACAAAGGGUUCGGCAUUCUGGAAAUACUGUGGAGAAAAUAAUUUGUUAGAUCGAAGUAUAUUCCAUUAUACAGAAAACCCGUCGACGCUAGUUGGAGGGUCAAAUCCAAAUGCAAAUGUAGCGGGGGAAUAUUGGUUUCACAGCAAAAUCGCUUGUCGUGCUCAAACAGUACUACAGGACUUAAAACCAGUCCGGAUUGGACAUGAUUUCAUCAAAGUGAUGUGGAAGAUGACCGCUGUUGAUGAUGUGCAAUGGAUGCGACUUCAUGAAUUUGGAAGUUUUGAAAAUAAAACAAAAGUAUUUUGUAUUCAUAGCAAAAGAACAUCCUAUCAAAUUAACUAUCUGGCUCCUGGUCAAACCUAUGAUAUUGAGGUCUUCUCAAGAGUAGUACCUUUUACGCUUCGAAGAUAUGUUGGAUUGUAUGGCAUCUCAACUCUUCCAAUUGCGGGCGUUCGUAAUGUAUUUGUGACACAACAGAAAACUGGAGGGAAACUUCAUUGGUCUGUAAAUCAAGAAUUGUUCGUGGAUGUUUUUAAUGUUCAAGUCAUCGUUAACCACACUUCCACAGAUUUUGAUGGAUCGUUCGAGUAUAACUUUACUUUGUGGGAUGGUACAUAUGAAUUUAAUGGAACUAUAGGUUCAGUACAUAGCUUUGAGAUAACAUUGUGGUUUCAUGAUGAAGCAAGUCCCCCUGCAAUAUACUCAUAUACGCUGAAAGGAAACAAAAACGAUUCAAAGUUGGACAUUAUCAUAUCAAUCGCUUCUGUCUCUGUUUGUCUCAUCAUUGCGCUCAUCUUGAGGUAUCGUUACCAAAGAAAAAAGCUGAAACGAAAGGCGAAUCGAUUUCUUUUAGCACGUGGAAAUAAGAAGUUGGAUCCUGAUCGAAGUAUUCUUGAACAAUGCAACAACUUAAGCUACGACCCAAAAUUUGAAUUUCCAAGAAAUAACAUUUCACUGCUGCGAGUUCUUGGAGAAGGUGCAUUUGGACAAGUAUGGAUGGCCUCUGCACAUGGAAUAGAAUGGUUAAGACCAAGAAGAAAGAACAAAGGGAGUAUAGUGAAAAAAAUGUUCUCGAGAAAUAACAGAAAAACUAUUGUAGCCGUUAAAUCAUUAAAAGCUAGCGCAACUGAGAAUGAAUACAAAGAUCUGGCAAACGAAUUGAAACUUUUGAUUCACAUUGGUGAACAUAGAAACAUUGUAAACCUCCUUGGUGCUUGCACAAAAGACGACGAUCUGCUAGUAAUACUGGAAUUUUGCUCGAAGGGUGCUUUACUAAGCUAUAUUCGAUUGCGUCGCGAUGAUUUCAAACCAACAUGGUAUCGUAAUGAGGAUGAGAUUGUGAACUUUUUUUUACUAACUAGGAUUGGUGUGCAAAUUGCUGAUGGGAUGAGCUUCCUAGAAGAAAAAAAAUGUGUGCAUCGAGAUUUAGCGGCAAGAAACAUUCUGUUGACUGAUGAUAUGACUGUAAAAGUGGCAGAUUUCGGUCUUGCGAGAGACACUACUGGGGAGAAUUACUACCACAAGAAAACUGAGGGGAUGCUUCCCAUUAAAUGGAUGGCACCAGAAGCAAUUAUUGAGCAGAAAUACACUUCGAAGAGUGACGUAUGGUCUUUCGGUAUACUUUUAUGGGAGAUUUUUACACUCGGAUCAACACCAUAUCCAACCAUAAAAAAUUCUGACAUACUGCAUUACAUUAAAAGCGGAGAGAGGCUUGAAAGUCCGAAGGAUUGUCCAGAAGAUAUCUAUAAAGUGAUGUUGGAUUGUUGGUCGCAUACCACUGAAGCAAGACCAAACUUUCUUGAUGUAAGAAAUGAGAUUGACGGUAUCCUAACAAGCAACGAACAAAGUGUUUUCUCGAAGACGACGAUGGCAAGUGUUUAUAAUUUGGAUUAUCGAAAGACAGGAAAGUCGCAAACAGAAGCGUCAAAUAAAUAUACAAAGGAAAUGCCAAGUUAUAACAUUGAUAAAGAAGAAGAAGAAGAAACUAACGGUGACGAGGACGACGGUAAUGGCACCUUAUACUUGACUCUUGGUGGAGAUGAUGAGAAGAAUAUUGGUGAAGUCAACAGUUCUUUCAACAUGGAUGAACAACCGUACGCAAACCAACUUGAACUAACCACGGAUGAUUCGUACCUAAUUCUAAAGAAAAGCGACUUUACAGGUAACAGUGUCGACACGAAGGGACCUGCUGACGUUCAAGAGGACGCCGAUGAGUCGGAUCUUCGACUGACAACAGAAAAUACUCAAUUUGAGAAUACCUUUGAAAUACAGGGAGAAGAGAAAAAAAGAAUAACAUGGAAAGAUAUAGAAGAUGGCGAAACUUCACAAAGAGAGAUCGAAAAUGUUACCGAACUAGAAGUUAAAUGUGUAGAUAAAAUCGCAACAUAUGCAAAUCUGCAAGAAGACGAAGGUAGACUCAAUACAGGAAGUAAUAAAAUGGGAGAAUUUGAAAUAGAAAUGAAGACAUACGGAGAUGUGUUUUGUGGACCGACAAAUGAGCCAAUCAAAAAUCAAGAUGAUAAUGCUGAACAACUUGAAGAUACAUCCAGCAAAGAGGCUGAUGGUAAAAUUGAUCAUUUUGUGGAUAAUGAUGCCAUUGAAAAUGCAUCUCAGCAACAGAUCAAAAAUUUAAAUGUUGCAGAAACGAGCUUAACAGAUAAUGAAGUUAAACACAUAGUUGAGAUGCAUUACCAUGCAUUGGAUGUUGAUGACAUAAAGGAGAGAUUGCGUCCUGCCGAAAUUGAAAAUGAAGAACAAUGCAACAGCAAAAAUGAGAUAAAAGAAGAUAAGGAAAACAAAGUUGAGGCAAACGAGGAAUCUAAUACCAAUCACGACGUAAAUGAUUGUCACACUAAAGACAAGAAUACAAAUGGAUCUGAUGAUAAAAAAACAAAAGUAAAGACAUAUGUCGAGGGAGAAGUUGAGACGAAUGUCGAGGGAGAAUUUGAGACGAAUGUCGAGGGAGAAGUUGAGACGAAUGUCGAGGGAGAAGUUGAGACGAAUGUCGAGGGAGAAGUUGAGAAGAAUGUCGAGGGAGAAGUUGAGAAGAAUGUCGAGGGAGAAGUUGAGACGAAUGUCGAGGGAGAAGUUGAGAAGAAUGUCGAGGGAAAAGGUGAGAAGAAUGUCGAGGGAGAAGUUGAGAAGAAUGUCGAGGGAGAAGUUGAGACGAAUGUCGAGGGAGAAGUUGAGACGAAUGUUGAACGAAAGGAUGAUACAAAUGUCGAACGAAAAGAUGAUACAAAUGUCGAACGAAAUUAAUGAAUAUUUGGGGGAUAUAUAAAGAUAUUUAAAAUUGCAUAAAAUGUGAAAAUCCUGCAGACAUGGAAGCCUGGGGAACGGAUCAUUGUUAUUUCAUGAAAUCGCUAUUGCUUAUGUAUGGUUACACAUAGUUCAGAACAAGUAAAUUAUUUUGUAAUGGGGAAGUUACACGAGUGCCACACACAACAAAGAAAAUGUUAAAACCCUAAAACGACUUCUCUUUUCUUUCUGUAAUAUUUCACCACGAGAGAAUGUUACCUAAUUAUUUAAUAAAAAAUUAACACGGACAUA